UCAAAUAAUAAUUUUUCGGGUGCUAUUCCAGAGCAGUUUGUCAGCCCGUGGUCCUCGUUAUCAUUCGUGAAACUAUCAAACAACAAAUUCUGUGGUCAUGUACAUCGAACAAGUUUCAACUCAAGUUUACUUUCGUAUCUACUAUUGGAUAACAAUACCCUUGAGGGGAAGAUACCUGAUUUCUCAUCCGUGAACUCUCUAGUUUUGUUGGAUAUAAGUCAUAACUCCUUCUCUGCAGGCAGGAUUCCAAGAUGGAUAUCAAAGUUAUCAAAUCUAGAGACAUUUGCUCUAUCUGAUAAUCAUUUGGAGGGUCCCGUUCCUCAAGAAUUUUGCCAAAUGAAUAGUCUUGUUUUUUUGGAUCUUUCAAAGAACAAUCUUUCUGGCAAUAUUCCACUUUGUUUCAUCCAAUUAACAAAGUUACAGUCUGUUCAUUUAUACAAAAACAAGAUGACAGGACCACUGCCUAGUGCUUUUAUGAACUUUUCUGAGAUAGUGACUUUAGAUCUUACAGAUAACGACUUCAGUGGCACCAUCCCAAAUUGGAUUGGGAAUUUCUCAAACUUGGGUGCUCUUCUAUUGAAAGAAAAUCAUUUUCAUGGUGAAAUUCCUGUUGAGUUGUGCCAAUUAACCAAAUUAAGCUUCUUGGAUCUUUCGUUGAAUAAUUUUUCAGGUCGCUUGCAUAGUUGUUUAGGUAAUUUGACUUUUGGAAACCAAAAUGGCUUUUCAUCUUCAAAUUUGAGAGUAAAUUAUGAUGUACCAGAAGAUAUAGAGUUUGUGACCAAGAACAUUGUCCUUGAUUACUCAUCAUAUUUGAUCCUUCGUGAAAUGUAUGGGAUUGACCUCUCCAGCAACCAGUUCUGUGGUGAAAUCCCUCAUCAAUUUGGAAACUUAAGCAGAGUCAGAGUGCUAAACCUAUCGCACAACAAUUUGAUUGGGCCGAUCCCAGAGACAUUCUCCAACUUAAAGAGCAUAGAAAGUUUGGAUCUUUCUUACAACUACUUGAAUGGCAGAAUUCCCCCACAGCUUACCGAGUUGAACUCUCUUGAAGUGUUCACCGUGGCACACAAUAAUUUGUCAGGACCAGUUCCAGAUAGGAAAGCUCAAUUCGGGACCUUUGAUGAAAGCAGUUAUGAGGGAAAUCCGUGUCUUUGUGGACCUCCAUUGAAUAACAGCUGCAAUGAAAUCGAUUCUGAAUUGCCAAUUCCAAAUGAAUUUUCUGGUGAAGGUGAUGAUGAUAGUUUCAUGGACAUGUUUGUUUUCUACAUCAGUUUUGCGGUAUCUUACAUCAUGGUAUUGUUGGGAAUCGCAACAGUGUUAUGCAUAAAUCCAUAUUGGCGGCAAGUGUGGUUUUACCAUGUAGAGUUGUGGAGUACUCGUUGCUAUUACUUUUUAUUGGACAAAUUCAUAUAAGCAGUCCAGCUUCUGAAGUAUGCUUUUGUUCCCAGAUGUAAUGCAGUCCUACAACUCUGCUUGUUUUCAACUCAUUAUAAGUUGGUUUGAUAAACAAUUGAGGCAAUGUAUAUAUGCAAAGAAAUUGCCUUUUUUAUUUUCAAAUAAAUUGUGUCCCAAUAGGAGAGCAAAUUUCUCUUGAUUUUUUGA